AUGAUUGUGCCAAUAAGUAGCGGACAAAUUCAAUUUAAAUUUGGAAAUUUGUUAGCUUUUCUCUGUACAUCUAUUGCUGCGAAAAUGUUGACGACAAGGAGUAGCAGUAGUUCCAGUAAAAAGGCGCAUAAGCAAGUGAAGAAAAACUCACCAGAUAAGGUACAUAAACCGUCAUAUCCCAAGUCGGUGGCCUUUAUCAUCAGCAAUGAGUUCUGCGAGCGCUUCAACUACUAUGGCAUGCGCACCAUUUUGGUGCUAUAUCUCACCCUGAAGCUGGGCUACAACGAGGAGACUGCGACGGUGCUCUUUCACACGUUUACCAUGCUGGUGUACAUCUUUCCCCUAAUCGGGGCCCUCAUCGCCGAUGGCUGGCUGGGCAAGUACAAGACAAUCCUGUAUUUAUCGAUGGUCUACAGUCUGGGCGCCAUGGUCCUGGCUUUUGGGGCCAUUCCUCUAAUAGGGAUGCCUGUCAAAGCGGUGACAAUAGUGGGUUUACUGCUAAUUGCCAUUGGCACUGGCGGAAUUAAGCCCUGUGUCUCAGCCUUUGGCGGCGAUCAGUUCUCGCUGCCCGCCCAAGCCAAGCAGCUGGCCAAGUUCUUCUCGCUCUUCUAUUUCGCCAUCAAUGCGGGCUCCAUGAUCUCCACCACGGUCACUCCGAUCCUGCGAGCUGACGUGCAGUGCUUCGGAGACGAUGACUGCUUCUCGUUGGCCUUUGGCGUUCCGGCCGUGCUAAUGGUUAUCUCCGUGCUGAUCUUUAUGGCCGGCAAGGGGAUGUAUCGCUGUCAGCCGCCGGCAGGGAACAUGAUCUUCGGAGUGUCCAAGUGCAUUGCAAGCGCAUUCAACGGAUGGAGGAAGCGAAGGCAGACGGAGCCGGAGAAAAGCUUUCUGGACUAUGCCAAACCGACAGUGGGUGCUCAAAUGGUGCAGGAGACGAAGGGCCUGGUGCGGAUUCUGCGCCUCUACUUGCCCUUCCCCAUCUUCUGGGCAUUGUUUGACCAGCAGGGCUCCCGAUGGACCUUCCAGGCCACCCGCAUGGACGGCAGGGUGCUGGGAUAUCAAAUCCAACCCGAUCAGAUGCAGGUGAUUAAUCCCCUGCUCAUUCUGGCCUUCUUGCCGCUGUUUGAUUUGGCGGUUUAUCCCCUUCUCCGUACCAUUGGUAUCCGGAGGCACCUGCAGAAGCUCACCAUUGGUCUGCUACUGGCCGCCCUCGGUUUCAUUCUGUCUGCGGUACUCGAGAUGAAGAUGGAGCAGGCAGCCUUUGAGGCCAUGCCCACCAAACCUGACACUGCUCACCUACGUCUAUACAAUGGGAUGCCCUGUCGCUACGAGUUUGUCAGUGGCUUUGAAUCUUCUUCGGCGAAGCACCCAAGGACCAUCGAUUGCAUGGGCAUGUGGGCAGAUCUGUCGCUGCCUGUGGCGGAGCCCAGGGAGUAUUUCUUCAAGGCGCAACCGCUGUCGGGCAAGUGCUCCGCCAUUACGGGGAUGCUACGCCUGCAGCCGGGCAAGUCUAUUGGCUACUUUCUAGCGCACGACAAACUGGUUGAGUUUGCAGAUGGCCUGGAUAUGACAUCCAGUGCAAACGGUCCACCUCUGUUGCGAGCUCUACUGAAUACGCCGUUUGAAGAGGGACCUGUCCUACUCUCUUCACCUGGCUCCCACACCAAAGCCCUUUCACUGCACAACAGGAAUGAGUCUCAGUUGCACAAGAUUGCUCCCGGACCGGUCGAGGUCAACAUUAACGCGUUGAAGGCAGCCAAUUUCAUGACCAGGGCCGGAGGACUUUACACCCUGCUGGUGGAGGGCAAUUCACGGGAUGGUUACCAAUACAACAUGCUGGAGGUGGUGGCCCCCAAUGCUGUGUCCAUAUUGUGGCAGCUGCCUCAGAUUGUGGUUAUGACGGCGGCUGAGGUGAUGUUCUCGGUGACCGGACUGGAGUUUUCCUACUCGCAGUCACCGCCCAGCAUGAAGAGCGUGAUCCAGGCCUGCUGGCUGCUAUCGGUGGCCAUUGGCAAUCUGAUUGUGGUGGUGAUAGCCAAGUUCAAGUUUACCAGCUCGCAGUCCGGCGAGUUUACGCUCUACGCCAGUCUUAUGCUGGUGGAUAUGCAUCUCUUUAUGUGGCUGGGACGAAACUAUAAGUACAGGGAUGAGUUAAAGGAGGAAGAAGCUCUGCCGCCGCUAAAGAAAAAGCAAGAUCCUCGCGGGGCGAAUGAGAACCAGCUGGAGAGCUCUAGGGGCAGGGGGAUAAACCCCGGCUAUGGUGCCCAUCACUUUAAGGACUUUUCACAGGCCUAAGGCAGCUCCUACCUUUUUUUGAGUCUUAUAAUAUUUAUGUAGUAGAAACUAAUGAUUUAUCUCAAAAUAGGCUUAUUCAAGUCUUAAAUAAACAAAGA